ACGUCGACCUGCACUCUUACCCACAGCAGCAUCAUCACUGUGCUCGAAGCUACAGGCGCUGUUUGACGUAGCACACGGCCCAAUCCAAUCGCCCCGGCACUGUCCAUGUCGAUAUAAGUAGCAAGAGUACCCGACUAUCACCACCGUGGCUACCUCACGCCUCACGAAGCUCUUCCUCGCAGCCGUCGCCCUCUUCAUCUCACUCUCCGCCAUUCUGGCUACCCUUCGACUCGGCGUGCGCUCUCCCUCCCUACUGCAGUACAUAAAGCCGAGACCAUUGGGCAGCCCACUCUACUCUCAGCCAUACCGACCGCUGACCAACUCGACCAUGGCGCCUAAGCAAUAUAAGACGCCGCCUCAGCUGCCGCCCAGGUUCACGGCGACGAAGCAGAGCUUGAUUGAGGAUACGAAGAGACUGAUUGACAGAUCACGAAGCGUACAGGAUGCUGUUGCUCGCGACGUCCAGCUCGACAGCGCGACUUUCGCAAACGCCGUCCUCCCAAUUGCCCGCGAUGACAACAAGAUGGCCAUCGAGUCGCACAUCAUCGGCUUCUACAAUGCCGUCUCCACUAGCAAGGAGCUACGCGACGCGUCUAGCGAGGCAGAGCAGCUGCUCGAUGACUUUGGCAUUGAGUCGUCGAUGCGCGAGGAUGUUUUCAAGCUCGUCGAUGCAGCACUAAAGAAGAAGGAGCAGCUGGACCCGGAGUCGCAGCGGCUGCUGGAGAAGGAUCACAAGUCCUUCAUCCGGAAUGGACUGAGCUUGCCUGUGGGCCCCAAGAGGGACAGAUUCAAGGAGAUCAAGCAACGCCUCAGUCAGAUCAGCAUAGCUUUCCAGAAGAACUUGAAUGAGGAGAAUGGAGGACUGUGGUUCACACCGGAAGAGUUGGACGGCGUGCCGGACGAUACCAUCUCAACUUUGAAGAAGGGCCAGGGUGACAACGAGGGCAAGUUGUGGCUCACCUUCAAAUACCCGGACCUGUUCCCAACUUUGAAGUACGCGACGAACGCCGAGACACGGAAGAAGGUGUUCAUCGAGAACGAGAAUAAGUGCAACGACAACGUAGCCUUGUUCCGCGAAGCUAUUCUACUACGUGACGAAGCAGCUCGCAUCCUCGGCUAUAAAAACCAUGCCCAGUUCAGGAUUGAAGACAAGAUGGCGAAGACAACGGAGACGGUUGACGACUUUUUGGCUGAUCUGCGAGAGCGCCUUGCGCCCGGUGGCAAGAAGGAGAUUGAAAAGUUGAUGGAGUUCAAGAAGCAAGAUACGAAAGAGCGUGGCUUGACUGGUCCGCUGGCCGAGAAGUACUACCUCUGGGAUCAUAGAUACUAUGAUCGCUUGAUGCUAGAGAAGGAUUACCAGCUAGACCACCAGGUCAUUGCUGAGUACUUCCCUUUGCAGACUACCAUCCAGGGCAUGCUGAAGAUUUUCGAGGAGCUCUUCGGUCUGGUCUUCGUCGAGAUUGUGGGCGAGGAAGAGAGGGCAGCUCUUGCAGAAGGCGGCAAGGGGUCAGACAUUGUAUGGCACCAGGAUGUUCAGAUCUUCAGCGUGUGGGACGACGAGGGCGAAGGCGCCGGUUUCGUGGGAUAUUUGUAUCUCGACCUCUUCCCACGAGACGGCAAGUAUGGUCACGCCGCCAACUUCAACCUACAGCCCGGCUACAUCGAUGAGAACGGCAAGCGACGAUACCCAGCCACGGCGCUCGUCUGUAACUUCUCUAAGCCGACCCCGAAGAAGCCUUCGUUGCUAAAGCAUGAUGAGGUUGUUACCCUAUUCCACGAACUCGGCCACGGCAUCCAUGAUCUGGUCUCAAGAACAACGUACUCGCGCUUCCAUGGUACGAAUACCGUCCGCGACUUCGUCGAAGCACCCUCCCAAAUGUUGGAAAACUGGUGCUGGACGCCCUCGCAAAUCCGCGCUCUAUCACACCACUACUCCUACCUCUCCUCCGACUACGAAGCUGCCUAUCUUGAGUCAUCUGGCAGUGCCAAGAAGCCCUCCGAGCAAAUCCCCAACUCUCUCGUCGCCAACUUGAUCAACACGAAGCACGUGAACGAUGCACUGUUCAAUUUGAGACAACUGCACUUCGGCACGUUCGAUAUGACGGUGCAUGAGCCUAGUAGUCAUGAGGCAGCUGAGAAGUUGGAUAUCACGGAGAAGUACAACGCUCUUAGGCAAGAGAUUAGUCAGCUUGAUGGGCCGGAGGCGUUGGAAGGAGAGAAGAAGGGUGAUUGGCACUGGGGGAAUGGUCAGGCUACUUUUGGUCACCUGAUCGGUGGAUACGAUGCUGGUUACUACGGCUACCUCUCCUCGCAGGUCUACUCCACAGAUAUGUUCUACACAGUCUUCAAGGCAAAUCCCAUGAACGGCAAGGAGGGCCGUAGGUAUCGACACACCGUCCUCGAACGUGGUGGAUCGAAGGAGGAGAUGGAUAUUCUAGAAGAGUUUCUAGGUCGCAAGCCGGAGACCGAGGCGUUCUAUAAGGAGCUUGGCAUCAGUCAGUAAAAGACCUGGUGCCCGCGAAGAGCGCACGCAUUGGUAGACUCACACAG